AUGUUGGAUGAGGAUCAGGCAAAAGUAUUUGAAACGGUAAAAAACGGCCAUAACGCUGUUAUUACUGGACAAGCUGGAUGUGGAACAACAUUUUUAGUGAAAUGUAUACUGCCCAAAAGAUGCCCAAAAAAAGUGUCGGUAGUGGGUUCAACGGGCAUAGCGGCUACACACUAUGGUGAUCUGGGAGCGCAAACCUUACAUAAGUGGGCAGAUAUUGAAGAUGGUAGGCAUUCCAAUGAAGAGAUAAUUCAUCCAGUUGAUACUGAUGAAAGAUUUGAGCGUGCGAAAAACAAUAUUCAAACUGUGGACGUUUUGAUAAUUGAUGAAGUGUCAAUGAUAAGCGCUAGGAUCCUGGACCAAGUACAAUUAUUAUGUAAGCAUGUCAGACAAUCAACUAAAAUAUUUGGUAAUAUACAGGUUGUUUUGGUUGGAGACUUUUACCAGCUACCCCCAGUUUCCAAUGAACUUUACGGUGACCCUGGGAAUUAUUGUUUCAGAUUGCCAUGGUUUACAGACUUUUCCCCACAUAUAUACAAUCUGCAUUUAAUCCAUAGGCAAGACGAUACAAACCUUAUCAAAUGUAUUAAUGCGCUUGAGAAAGGAGAACUUGAUGAUGAAAGUCUUGCUUUUCUGAAUUCUUUAGAUACGCCACUAGAGAAUGAGGAUUCAUCUUUACACUUGUUUGCAAGGAACUUGGAUGUAGAUUCGUUUAAUUACUCUCAGUUAGAGAAGUUGAGUGGUGAACUGAAAAUUUACAAGUCAACAGAUGAAGGCUUUAAUUAUUACUUAGGUAAAUUCCUAGCACCCAAAAAUCUAGGACUGAAAGCCGGUUGUCCUGUCAUGUUAGUGAAAAAUCUCAGUGAUUCCCUAGUUAAUGGUCUCCGUGGGAUUGUGAAUAAACUCUACACGGACUCAGUGGAUGUGAAAUUUACAUUUGGAUCAAAAAGUGUUACUGUCAAGAUUAAAAAUGCUACAUUUACCACUUAUGGCCCUGUAAAUAAAACUAUCAUAGCAAGAAGGGUUCAACUGCCACUUAAGGUGGCUUAUUACAGUGUCAUUGACCUCUAA